CUAAUAUGUUGGAUUCUCUCUUGAACAUCAGUGAAGUGAGCAAUGAGGAUAUGGACAAGCUUUUGAUUGAACAUCUGCUUCUGUCUCUAUUUGUUGCGGGCACGGAUACAACUUCAGCCACGCUGGAAUAGGCAAUGGCUGAACUACUACGCAACCCUGAAAAGCUGUCGAAAGCGCAAGACGAACUAGAUCAAGUCAUUGGCAAAGGAAAACCAGUUGAGGAAUCGGACAUUGCUCGACUCCCUUACUUACAAGCAAUAAUCAAAGAGACCUUCCGGUUGCAUCCGGCUGUUCCAUUUCUAAUCCCUCGAAAAGCCGGAAAAGACGUUGAAAUUUGGGGCUAUAUUGUCCCAAAGGGUGCACAAGUGCUGGUCAAUGCAUGGGCUAUAGGCAGAGAUCCUUGUAUCUGGGACAAACCGACCUCAUUUGCACCGGAGAGGUUUUUCAGAUUAGAUGAUCAAAUCGAUGUUUCAGGCAAGAAUUUUGAGCUUAUUCCGUUUGGUGGCGGGAGGAGAAUAUGUCCGGGGCUGCCAUUGGCUAUGCGGAUGCUGCACUUGAUGUUGGGUUCACUUAUUAACUCAUUUGAUUGGAAGCUUGAAGAUGGAGUUGUACCAGAGAAUAUGAACAUGGAGGAGAAGUUUGGCCUCACCUUACAGAUGGCUCAUCCUCUAAGAGCUGUGCCGAAAGUCCUUCUAAUUUGAUAUGGUAAUAGUAUUAACUUUUAAUUUGUAAUUUUAUAUUUUUGUGGUUGUUUUUGGAUUAAAAGAUGCAACAAGACUAAUGUAAAAUAACACAAAUAUAUAUUUGAUUAGCCACCUAUUGUUUGGUGUAACAAUAUUGAAGCUUUUGCUCUCACGCACAAUCCAGCUUUUUAUGAUCGUACCAAACAAGUGUAGGUCGAUGUCCAUUUCGUACAGUGUGUUCUGAUGAGGGAUUUACUCCUCCAUCAGGUCUUUAGCACAUAUCAGCUGGCUCACAUGUUAACGAAGGGCUUCUGGAGGGUAAUGGAUAAUGUUUGUACCAUACUUGACCAAUCCUGAAACUACCAAGUACCGGUCAACUUCAUACCUUCAAAGAUCUAUUGAGGGAUUUAUGCUGAGGCACCCUCGCCGAAGCACAAAAGUUUCCCUCCAACUAGGAGGCCAAUCACAACACCACACAUGUCAAUGUCAGAAUAAAGCUCAUAGAGUCUCACAUCGACCGCGGACAAAAGCUAGAGACUCUCCUAAACUAUAAAAGAAGACUAUUCUCCUACAAUGAAUCCCUAAUGUCAUUAUUGUACUUAAACUACUCAUUAGAACUCACUAAUGAUGAUUAUGCUUGAACCUAUGUAUUUGUGUAAACCUUUCACUAUUAAUGAGAACUCCUCUACUC